CGGAACCGAGCCGUGAGGAGAACCGCAGACCCGCCGCUGCGCCUCCGUCCAGCUGUGCGCACAUCUGCAGCCGGAACCGAACCGGGAACCAUGGCUUCGAAGCCCGCGGAGAGCCCGAAACUGUCCGAGGAGCAGGUCCGAGUUCUGGAGGAGAACUUCAAGAAGGUGAGCAGACAUCCGGACGGGACGACGCUGCUGCUGAUCGCUGCGGAGUGCGGCCUGACGGAGGAGGAGACGGAGCAAUGGUUCAAGCAGCGUAACGCUCAGUGGAGGCAGGCUGAAGGUCUUCCCCCUAAACUGGGAUCAGUGCUGGACUAAGAUCUUCUGACCUCCUGGUUGCACGAAGCUCUUUGCUGACCUUGUGUUUUCUUCAUGGACUGGCUGAUCCUCCCUGUUCCCUCUCCAACUGUAUAUCCCUCUUUUUGUACCCAUAAAGCUAUUGUAUCUUGUAAAAUGUGAAGGUUUGUGUGUGUUGUUGCCAAGUUAACUACCAUGUUUAUUGAAGUAAACUUAUUAUUUUAAGGUAAACUGACUCGUGUUUGUUU